AUGACCGAUUGGAUGACUGCGACUAAUUGGGAACGAAAUAUCAUGUUGAAAUCCGCGAGACAUAGCAGAAACAUAUCUUUUAGAUGUUGUGCAACCGUAACGGGCUUAAUUAUAAUGUCAUUUUGUCUUUAUACAAUCAGAUUCAUUAAAAUUGUACACCUACCUUAUCGAACUCUGAUCUAUCGAAUGGAUAAUAUCCAAAAGAGUCCGACUUACGAAAUCACAUAUUGUAUUCAAUUUCUCGGCGGUAUGUAUUCACUUCUCGCUAUCUACACGAUCGACAGUUUUGUCUCAAUACUUGUGCUGCACACAUGCUCGCAGCUCACAAAUCUGCGAAUGACAUUGAACAAUCUAGUGAACGAAAUAACUAACGAUUCGAUAUCUUCCUCGAGAAAAGAGAGCUUUAGGACAGGUUUAGCUGCGAUUGUUAUACGACAUGAACAUCUCAUCAGUUUGUAUGCAUAUUGCUAUUCAGCUGAAAAACUUAUGGCAGAGAGCACCAAUAUGGCGUAUGGCAUUUAUGAAUGCAAGUGGUACAACCUACCAUCGAAAGAUGCAAAAGACUUAAUGUUCAUUGUAUAUCGAUCUAAGAUUCCUCUUAAACUGACAGCUGGAAAAUUCGGCAUCUUUUCAAUAGAGAUGUUUGGAUCAGUAAGAUAUAAUUUGAAUUAUGUAUUUAAUCCGAUUCGCCAAUGGCUAUGGAUCUUUGGUAUAUGGCCCGAUCCACAGAUCCCAUUGAAUGAAUUUCGUCGACCAAGUAUAAGAUUCAUUAUUGUUAUGUGUUCUGUGAGUAUAUAUGUAUUCAGUCCUCAAAUGAUCAAUGUAAUUCGUGCUGCGGGUAGCGUGACUCGGAUGGUGGAAAAUUUCUCCUCUGCAAAUUUCAGCAUGUUGGCAGUGUGUAAAUUGCUUGUAACUUGGUAUCACGGCAAAACACUUCAAUCGCUGAUAAUAUCGAUUAUGACCGAUUGGAUGACUUCGAAGGAGUGGGAACGAAAUAUUAUGUUGAAGAUUACGAGAAGUGGCAGAAAUCUGUCCUUUAAAUGUUGUGCGCUCGCAACUAGCUCGAUUACAUGUCACAUUUCUCUUCAAUUGCUGAGGUUCUUCAAAACUAUUCACCAGCCUAAACGAAACCUCGUUUAUCAAAUAGAAACAAUUCAAAAGAGUCCGAACUACGAAAUCACUUAUUUUAUCCAACUUUUUGGUGGACCGUGUUCAGCUUUCGCUAAUAUCAUUAUUGACAACUUUAUCUCGAUGCUCGUACUACAAGUGUGCGCGCAAUUGAUAAAUCUACGGACAAUGCUGAAUAAUUUGGUAAACAAAUUAGCCAACAAAUCUAUAUCAUCUAUAACAUUUAAAGAAGGUUUAGCUGCGAUCGUCGUACGACAUGAUCAUCUCAUCAGGACCGCAAAGACGAUUGACGACUGCUAUAGCUCAGUGUUACUUGUACACAUGUUAUCUACUACUUUUCAGAUGUGUUUUUUAACUUUCCAAGUUUUCACUAGCACUAGAAUGGCAUACGGCGUCUAUGAAUGCAAGUGGUACGAUUUAUCGUCGAAAGAUGCAAAAAACUUAAUGUUCAUUGUACAUCGAUCUAGAAUUCCUCUUAAAUUGACGGCUGGAAAAUUCGGAACCUUUUCGUUAGAAAUGUUUGGAAUAGUNNNNAAAACAUCAAUGGGAUACUUAUCCGCGUUAUUAACAAUGAGAGAUCAAGGAAAAUGA